AUGAACACCACAGACAUUCCUCUCGAGGGCAUAGCUCGCCCAUCAUUCACUGGGAGCAAGUCCGCACCUCCGCGUUACGCUCCCUCGCACGGCGGUCCAUCGACGGGAGCACACGCAGAACAACCUCUGCACUACUACCAGGUCCCUUUGGCCAUCCCUCCAGCAAGACCCUGGCAUAAGCGUAAGCGCUUCAGGGUCUCCUUGGCCCUCUUCCUGGCGCUUCUCACUCUGGGUUCCAUAGCAGCCGUCAUUGCCGUGUCGUUGAGCAAAGACCAAGGGCGAGGCCCUAACGAUGCGGCAGAUCCAGGUUCUCCCUCCGUGGCCACAUCCACUGUCAUGGUGACUGUGACAAAAAGCAAGCAGACAAGCGCAAAGCCAACCGUCGUAACCAUUACCAGGACCGCUGGGGAAUCCGAAGAGGGACCGACCAUGAUACCCACAACCACGGAGCCCAGCAGCACCGACGAUCUCAUUUCCUUCGUCACCAGAGAAGCCCAGGUCGACACGAAACUGAUCACAAUCUCUCAAGAGCCAGAAGUAACCACGAAGCUCGUGACCGUGACGGUCACAAACGGGGACAGGGAAAGAGAGGCUACGACGACAUCCGAACCGCCAUCCCCUACGUUUAUUCUUUCCGACCGCUCCUCUAUCCUCGUCGCGGACGUCUCCACUGGAUCCUCCCGUAAUUAUCGGCGCACCAUGGUCUGGCAGUCUGACAACAAUGCCACCCUCAUCGCGCGCGACUCGGUCAAUGGAUGGUCCUCGACGUAUCCUAUUCUAGGCAUUCCCGAGCGCGCCAAGCUCGGCACCCCGAUCACGGGCGCCGUGGACGAUGCCGGUGUAGCGCACGUCUUCUACCUCAACGACGAGAACAGGAUUGUCCAUCUCAUGGAGAAGAGACCCAGCCAAUGGGUCAGUGUGCAAAAGACAAAGGUCCAGGUCAGCGGCGGUAUCUCCGCGAGCUUCCACCGCAGCUUGGGCGAUGUCGGCCUACUUGUGCUGGCGUACAUUGACGAUGAAAACUCGUUGGUGAUGAUCACUACCACAGACCCUUCUGGGGCCGAGGCCUGGAAGGUGUACAAGCCCGAAUACUUUCAGCAUAUGAGCGGCCGACGAUCCGUCAAUAUCGACAUUGCGAGCGGCAUCGCCAAGGUUGCCCAGGACAGUGAUCCACCAGUUGAGGGCGACUAUGCCGGUAUCCUCGUCGCCGUUGAAGGAGAAGAGGCAGUCGAGAUUAUCGAAUGUUCCUCAGAAUCCGGCAGCAUCAGGGAGUGUUUCGAGAUUGGGGACGCCUUCCACCAUGCCUCGACAACAGCCAAAAAUCAAGAAUUACCAGUCAAGCUCACAGCUCACCCGGCCGAGAUCGUCUGGACAAGCCUCGCCGGAGACGAUCGUGCGCCGAAUGAGGUCUAUGGGUUCUUCACCCUGGCGAAAGGGAAGCUACAGCAUCAUCUGUACAUUCCAGAGAUGCCCUGGACCGACCCCAAGACCGAAGGCGUCGUUGUGCUAAGGAACGACAUGGUCACCAGCAAACUGAGUGACAAUGUUGAUGCGAUCGCCCUGGCGGAAGACGGCAGCUUGUUCUUUCGAGAAAGGGAUGAGCUAGGGGAGAUGGGGAUGGACGGUGAAGCGGAGAGCUGGAAAGUUGAGGACAUGCUAGACACUGAGGUCGUUGAGUGA